GUUACACUUCCCUCCUCGCGGUCAGUUUGUAGCCGGGUAACCAACGCAUGCUUGCCGAUCGGCCGUGUGGCGUUUCGCGACAAGUCGGGGACGAGUCGAUGUGGCGGCGGUAGGAGCCCGGGAGGCUGCCACGAUGAAGACAUCCAAAGGGGUUCAGUCGAAAUCUGCCCUUGAAGAAUGUGGCGUGUGGUUGGACACGGUGGAGCUCAAAGGAAGAGCUAAACAGAAAAAAUCCGCCCGGCCCAUCUCCGAAAUGCUCAACCCCCUUGCUAAAGGUGCUGGCUACUGUUUGGCUGUGGUGUUCAACUUCACGCAGACCAAGAUAGAAAUGCCAAAGACCAAACAGAGCUCUAUAUCCAGCUACUUUCCACCUCGAAAUAAGUCUGUUGUGGCAUCGGGAGGAAAAUGUGAGAGCAAGACAGACGUCGAGAUGCGCAAAGACAACGCUCACAAGGAAAAAAAUCAUAACAUUCACUGUGAAAUACAAGGAGAGCAAUCAUUUGAGAUGGAAGAGGAUAUCCAGUGCAAAGUCCGAGAGGAGGAACCGCACGAGUUGGACAGUAGCCAAAGAUCCUCUAUUCCGUUACCCAAACGUACAGGCUUCGAUCUAAGCAAAGAUGAAAAGGCCUUUCGGAUGGAGGCGAAAAGCAAAACGUCCACUCAGAACCCACUUCAACUUGCUCACUCUUCUCAUGACGACGAGAAAGAAAACAGCCUCUUCACAGAGUCGUUUUCUCCCCCGAGGAAGCGAGCGAAGCAGCGCGACGAUGGGGAUAGCCUGGCCUCGAUGUUCACGCAGGACUCCGACGGAUUUCGGGUGAUUGCUCACCGAGCUCAGAGGAGUCCCUUCCAAAAGCGCAACGGCAACGAUGGGAUGAAUGUUUGAUGCACUCUUCACACAAGACUCUGAGGGAAAUUUGGUUAUUAAACACUGACACCAUGUAACUGCGAACACAUUUUAAUUUGUAAAAAGACAUUGUUUUGCUUUUAUGGACAUUAAAGGUUUUUCUUUUUAAGACACAUUGGAAUUGUGUUUAGUACACUAAGGCAGCGGUCCCCAACCCCCGAUCCGCGGACUGGUACCGGUUCGUGGGUCACUUGGUACCGGGCCGCCAAGCCGCACAGGAAAAAAAAAA